AUAAUAUAAUAUCGUAUUUAUAGAAACAAGUAACUCAUCAUGGGCAGAAUUAGAAAGUUUUAUGAUUGGAAGUAUACAAAUAUUUCCACCAACUUUAGCAACCCGACAAAUAUUAAUUUUAAGAUACCUAACCCCGAUGGGUGAAUAUCAAGAGUUUUUGAGUCACGUCUUUGAAAAUAACGCCUUAGAAUUAAUUUUGUCGUACAUCAACGUUAAAGAAACUAAAGAAGCCCGUUUAGCAUUUGAAGCGUCCAAAUAUUUAGCUGCAUUAUUAUGCCACAAAAAAUUUUCCAUCGAAUUUAUACAAUACAAAGGAUUAGAAACAUUAUUGGAUGUUCCGCGACCUUCGAUAGCGGCCACCGGAGUCUCAAUGUGUUUGUAUUACCUUAGUUAUUGUGAAGAAGCUAUGGAAAGAGUUUGUCUUUUGCCUAAAUAUAUUGUGAGCCGAUUAGUUAGUUAUACUUUAUGGUUAUUGGAAUGUUCACAUGAUUCUGGAAGAUGUCACGCUACCAUGUUUUUUGGAUUAACUUUUCAAUUUAAAAUUAUUUUAGAUGAAUUUGAUUCACAAGACGGCCUGCGUAAAUUACACAACGUUAUUUCUACAUUACCAAUUUUAUCUAAUGAAGACAGUAAUCCACCGUUAAAUGAAGACGCUGAAUGUGCAGCCCGACAAAUUGUUCGUCAUGUUUGUGUUGCUUUUAAACGUUAUUUAGAAGCACAUCUUUCAGCAAAAGUUGAACAAAUUCGGAGGAAUCAAUUGAGGCCCAAUGAAAGGUCUGGAGCUACAAUUCCAUCUCAACCUAGUUAUAAAGCUUGUAAAUCAUCACCAGAAGAAAUACAACAACAAAUUGAUACUUUGUUUCAAUCUAUGCCAUUUAGGACUCAUUGGCCUCCUGUUGAUCAACUAUUAAAACUUGGUGGAAUUACACAAUUAUUAAAAAUAAUCGCCUUUGCUUAUGAAUGGAAUUAUAGUGGAAGGGCUGAAACUGUGAGAUGUGCUUUAGAUGUAUUAGCAAUUGCGUGUAUAAUGCCGAAAGUCCAAUUGUUGUUUUGUGACAGAGUUGAUUUACCAGAAGAUACAAUUACAGUGGGCAUUAAUAUAAUAUUAGGGGCCGCUGAUGGUGAAAUCGUAGCAGAUCCUGAUGUUCAAAAAGCCGCUUUAAGGGUUAUUGUUAAUUGUGUUUGCGCCCCAAUAGUUCGGGUUGGGGGAAGUAUAGGUAGAUUUAGUUCAAACGCAACUCCAUCACCAAGUAAAAAAACAAAAAUGAAAAGUUCGGAAGAAUUGAUACAAAAAGUUUGGGAAAGUGUUCGAUCAAAUAGUGGAAUCAUGGUUUUAUUACAAUUGAUGAACACAAAAACUCCAAUAACAGACGCCGAUUGUAUUCGAACUUUAGCGUGUAAGGCUUUAGCUGGAUUAGCACGCUCAGAUACUGCCAGACAAAUCAUUUCCAAGUUAUCCAUGUUUACUAAUGGACAUCUUCAAACUUUAAUGCGAGAUCCAAUUUUACAAGAGAAAAGGCAAGAACAUGUUCUUUUUCAAAAGUACGCUUUGGAAUUAAUUGAGCGAUUAUCAGGAAAAACGAAGAGAGUUGGAAACGAAUUAGAUGCUUCAUUAAUAGAUAUUCAUAGGGCCAAUGUUGUUGCACAAACAAAAAUUCAAUUUAAUGAUCGUCAAUUACUUCAACUUAUUCACCAACAUUUGGUUUCAAAAGGUUUACCUGAUACAGCUAGUAUUUUACAAAAAGAAGCUCACUUAGCUAAUAUGACAUUAACAAAUGCGAUUCAUCAACCAUCUAAAUUUAGAUACACCACACCUGGAACUCCAAAUAGAAUGAGAUUAUCAUUUUCUUCGCCGUUAACAACACACAGAUGUAAUAAUUCCCAAAAUCCGGAUUCUUCUGUGAUUAGUAACCAAAUCAAUGGAGUUACAACAUCACCUGCAAUUAAAAUUAUAAAAAAAACUCUAUCAGUACAAAACACUCCACAACAAAAUUCUCGUCUACAAAAACAAAUUUCAAAUGAACCUCACAUAAAAGUUAAUCUACCAGUAGCUAACGAAGAUACCAAUCAAGCUGAUCAUCGAAUCACUUUAGAUUCAAUCAUCACCGAAUAUUUAACUAAUCAACAUGCCCUUUGUAAAAAUCCAAUGGCGACUUGUCCACAAUUCAAUUUAUUUAUACCACACAAAUGUCCAGACCCAAAACCAAGAAUAACCGCCGCAACGAAUUUUGCAAUCCGAUCUGCAAGACGACAAAUUGGUUAUGGUUGUAGAUCGAUGGAACGGAAGUUGAUACAUUCGCGAUUUUGUCCCGUUACUGUAAUUAGACUUCCAACUGAUGAUGGAUUUUUUACUUGUGCUCAAUUUGUGCCUGGCGGGCAAAGUAUAGUUGUUGGAGAUUAUUCCGGUGAAGUUCGCCUAUUUAAUUUACAUAACGGAAAUGAAGAAACCAUGUUUCAAGCGCACGAUAGCUACGUGGUUCAUUUAGAACCUUCGAGGGAUGGAAAGCUUUUACUUACAAGCUCUACUUGGGGGAAACCACUUUCUGCAUUAUGGGCAAUGAAUAACAAUGAUAUGAAAUAUGCAUUUGAUAUUGAAGAUUAUGUCGAAUUUAGUAAAACAACCCAAGAAAAAAUAAUUGGGACCAAAGGGGCAACUGCAACAAUAUAUGAUGUAUCAACUGGUUUAGAAGUCCAAAGAUUCAUAGCAACAAGUCAAAGCAAUCACUACACAAAAAAUAAAGCGACAUUUAGUCAUAACGACGAGCUGGUCUUGUCGGAUGGUGUGCUUUUUGAUGUUGCCUCAGGUAAACAAAUCCAUAAACUCGACAA